CUGCGCGUGGGCGCGGUAGCGUGUGCGUGUGCGCGCUUCUGCCUGCACCCGCUCCUAGUGGUACACAAGCGACAAGCCCCCCUUGUGCGGACACCGUGUACCGUGGUCGAAGCACCUGCGACAGGGACGUGAGAGUCAGCCCGAAACCGUCUGGUGGUCCCACCCUGCCAAUCUGCACGAGCGCCAAUAUCUAUCUGCAAGCAGGAUUUAAAAAAAUAUAUAUUUCAAACUACUACAGCUCCCUGGGGACCUAAAACUGGAUUUACCAUUCUGAUGUUCUUGCUGGUCUGAUUGACGGAGUAAUGGAGCAAAGAGAGACGGGCAGAUCCCACGUCUGCUUAAUCUCCCAGGGUGAAACAUGAAGGAAAAAGUUCUGCUUCAUAGUAUAGCCAGCGGAGUUGUUUCCACCAGGAACCUUGCACCAUGAAUCUUGAAAGUAUGUGCACAGAAGUGUAAAAAAAAAUUAAAAAAUAAAGAAAAAAAAAUAAACAUUACCUCCUCUCCCUGCGUGGACCCUCAGGAGGAAAACAAAGACCAAUGUCUGCCAGCUACUCGACAAUUUCCCAAUGUGAUCGGCCUCAAGACUGUUAACCGCAACGACUGUUAUCCUGUUACUGCCCUUUUCCCUUUAGAUACAUUUUUUAAUAGCGAGACAAUAUUUAUUUGAAUAUAUCAAUUAAAAAAAAAAAUACAAAUCCGUCCAACCAAUUCCAAUCAAACAUCCUGUUGGAUUACUAUAUUUUUUGCAAGAAUGGAUCUCCUAAGUUUUUCUAUCAAGCUGCAGUUGUUCCUCAGCACAUGUAUGGGACUGCAAUUUUUAGGCACACCAGGUCAGUGGGCUCGUUACCUCCGCUGGGAUGCCAGCAUCCGUGGUGACCUCAGCUUCCAGUUGAAGACAGAAUUCUCAGAGGCGCUCCUGCUGUACUUUGACGAUGGAGGCUACUGUGACUUUCUGCAGCUGUCUGUGGUCGAGGGUCGACUUCAGCUCCGUUUCAGCAUCGACUGCGCCGAAACGACGGUUGUGUCCGACAGAAGGGUGGAUGACAACAAUUGGCACUUUGCGACUCUCAGCAGGUGUAACUUGCGCACCGUUCUUGCACUGGAUGGACAAGCCAAAGCGGAUGAAGUGCGGCCUCAGCGCCAGUUCAUGAAAAUCGUGAGUGACCUGUUCCUGGGUGGAGUGCCUCAGGAUAUCCGCAGCGGUGCGCUCACACUGCCCACAGUGCGAAACAUGCAGCCCUUCAAGGGCACAAUCACAGACCUGAAAUAUGGCAAGUCUCAACCUCUGUUCCUGGGAAGUCUUAAAGUGCCCUUGGAGUCUGAGGGGUGGUGCACUGUGAACCCGUGUGAGAAUGGCGGCACAUGCACAGUGGUGGAUGGACAACCAGUCUGCGAUUGCUCCAAAACAGAAUACAAGGGCCGCUUCUGCACAGAAGAGGGCAGCAGCAAAACACCAGGCCUUGCACACAUGAUGGCAGAACAAGCUAAAAGCAAAGCAAGGGAAGAGAAUGUGGCCACGUUCCGUGGUUCUGAAUACUUCUGCUACGACCUCUCUCAGAACCCAAUCCAGAGCAGCAGUGAUGAGAUCACACUCUCCUUCAAGACAUGGCAGCGCAAUGGCCUUAUACUUCACACUGGCAAAUCAGCCGACUAUGUCAACUUGGCGCUGAAGGAUGGUGCCGUCUCCCUUGUGAUCAACCUGGGCUCUGGAGCUUUUGAAGCAAUUGUUGAGCCAGUCACCGGGAAGUUCAAUGACAAUUCAUGGCAUGAUGUCAAAGUGACUCGGAACCUCCGGCAGGUGACAAUAUCAGUGGAUGGAAUUUUAACCACCACUGGCUACACCCAGGAGGACUACACCAUGCUUGGCUCAGAUGACUUUUUCUACGUCGGUGGAAGCCCCAGCACCGCUGACUUACCUGGAUCACCUGUCAGCAACAACUUCAUGGGCUGUCUCAAGGAGGUGGUUUACAAGAACAAUGACAUCCGCCUUGAGUUGUCCCGACUUGCUCGGAUUGUUGACCCCAAGAUGAAGAUCCAGGGCGAGGUGUCCUACAAGUGUGAAAAUGUGGCAACCCUGGACCCCAUUUCUUUUGAGACUCCAGAGGCCUAUAUCAGCUUACCCAAGUGGAAUACCAAGCGGAUGGGAUCCAUCUCUUUUGAUUUUCGCACGACGGAGCCCAAUGGCCUUAUCCUCUUCACCCAUGGCAAACCACAAGAGCGCAAAGAUGCAGCUCGUAGCCAGAAGAACACUAAGGUGGAUUUCUUUGCUGUUGAGCUGUUGGAUGGAAGUCUGUACCUGCUGUUGGACAUGGGCUCAGGGACCAUAAAGGUGAAGGCCACACAAACAAAGGUCAACGAUGGUGCCUGGUAUCAUGUUGAUAUCCAGAGAGAUGGCCGCUCAGGUACCAUCUCUGUAAACAGCAGAAGAACCCCAUUCACAGCAAGUGGUGAGAGUGAAAUACUAGACCUGGAAGGUGACAUGUAUUUGGGGGGACUUCCCACUGAUCGCACCAACCUAAUUUUGCCAACUGAGCUUUGGACAGCAAUGCUUAACUAUGGCUACGUAGGCUGCAUCCGUGAUCUCUUCAUUGAUGGGCGAAGCAAAGACAUCCGUCAGAUUGCUGAGGCACAAAAUGGUGCUGGUAUUAAACCUUCCUGCAACAAGCAACCUGGCAAGCAGUGUGAGAGUUACCCCUGUAAGAACCGAGGUGCCUGCAAAGAAGGCUGGAAUCGAUUCAUCUGUGACUGCACUGGCACUGGUUAUUGGUCCCGCACUUGUGAGAGAGAGGCUUCCAUCCUCUCCUAUGACGGGAGCAUGUAUAUGAAAGUGGUGAUGCCGACUGUCAUGCACACCGAGGCGGAGGAUGUCUCGCUACGCUUUCGAUCCCAGAGGGCUUACGGCCUCCUUAUGGCCACCACCUCCCGAGACUCAGCCGACACGCUCAGGCUGGAGUUGGAUGGAGGCCGCGUCAAACUCACGGUCAAUCUAGACUGUAUCAGGAUAAACUGUAACUCCAGCAAAGGACCGGAGACGCUGUAUGCUGGGCAAAAGCUCAAUGAUAAUGAAUGGCAUACAGUACGUGUGGUGCGUCGCGGCAAAACCUACAAGCUAAUCGUUGACGAUGAUGUAGCAGAAGGCCAAAUGGUGGGUGACCACACACGUCUGGAGUUCCACAACAUUGAAACAGGCGUGAUGACAGAGCGCAGAUAUGUUUCAAGCAUCCCAUCCAGCUUUAUUGGUCAUCUGCAGAGCCUCAGAUUCAAUGGCAUGCUCUACAUCGACCUGUGCAAAAAUGGUGACAUUGAUUUUUGCGAGCUAAACGCACGCUUUGGGAUACGUUCCAUUAUUGCCGACCCAGUCACCUUUAAAUCCAAGAGUAGCUAUCUACAUACAAAUGAAAAUGUUCUCCCCUGCAGAUAUAUCCAUUAUGUUUUUGACUUGGGAAAUGGACCUAACUUGAUCAAGGGAAAAAGUGAGAGAACCCUAAAUGACAACCAGUGGCACAAUGUGGCGAUCACACGAGACAACAGCAAUACCCAUACUCUGAAAGUCGAUGCUACAACCACAUUUCAGAGCAUAAAUGGGGCCAAGAACUUGGACCUGAAAGGUGACCUAUUCAUUGCGGGAUUGGGUCCUGGCAUGUAUGGUAGUCUGCCUAAACUGGUAGCUUCCAGAGAAGGUUUCCAAGGCUGCUUGGCUUCAGUGGACCUAAACGGACGUCUGCCAGAUCUCAUCAGUGAUGCCUUGUUUCGUAGUGGGCAGAUUGAGCGUGGAUGUGAAGGUCCCAGCACCACCUGCCAGGAGGACUCCUGUGCCAACAUGGGGAUUUGCAUCCAGCAGUGGGAGAACUACACUUGUGACUGCUCCAUGACUUCCUACACGGGGACGCAGUGCAAUGACCCUGGGACCACGUACAUCUUUGGCAAAGGAGGAGGCCUAAUAACAUUCAAGUGGCCGGCCAAUGAGAGACCAAGCACCAGGACUGACAGGCUGACUGUUGGGUUUAGUACCUCGCUCAAAGAUGGCAUCCUUGUCAGGAUUGACAGCGCUCCUGGUCUGGGGGACUAUCUCAUGCUGCACAUACAACAAGGCAAAAUUGGUGUGACAUUCAACAUUGGGACAGUCGAUAUCAGUGUGCAGGAGAGCAGUACCCCAGUGAAUGAUGGAAAGUAUCAUGUGGUCCGCUUCACCAGAAACGGUGGUAAUGCUACACUGCAGGUUGAUAACUGGUCCAUCACUGAACACUUCCCGACAGGGAACAGUGACAUUGAACGGAUUCAGUUGGCCAAUAAGAAAAUUCCUUUCAAGUAUGCCAGGCCAGUAGAAGAAUGGCUACAAGAAAAAGGACGGCAGCUAACCAUAUUCAACACUCAAGCCACAGUUGCAAUUGGUGGAAGUGAUCGCGGCCGGCCAUUUCAGGGUCAACUGUCUGGGCUUUAUUAUAAUGGCCUCAAGGUGUUGAACAUGGCUGCUGAAAGCAACCCUAACGUUAAGAUAAAUGGCAGUGUGAGGCUGGUUGGUGAUGUCCCCAGCGGGGCAGGCUCAACCAAGUCCACUGCCAUGCCUUCGGAUGUCUCCACUACUUUCAUUGAGACUACAACCAUGAUGUCCACCACCACCACACGGAAACACAGGUCCUCUUCAACGAAGCAUGCAUCAGAUGACAUUGUGUCAUCUGCGGAGUGUUCCAGUGACGACGAAGACCUAGAGGAAUGUGAAACUGGUCAUCCAGGUGGGCUAGCACUUCCCACAGAACCAGGCGUCAGGCCGGGGCCUUCAGAAGUAGUCCGGGAAUCAAGCAGCACCACCGGGAUGGUCAUCGGAAUAGUGGCGGCCGCUGCCCUGUGCAUCCUCAUCCUUCUUUAUGCCAUGUAUAAGUACAGGAACAGGGAUGAAGGCUCCUACCAGGUGGAUGAGAGCAGGAACUAUAUCACCAACUCAGCGCAGAGCAAUGGUACUGUCAUCAAGGACAAGCAGCAGAGCUCGAAAGGCAGCCAUAAAAAGCAGAAGAAUAAGGAUAAGGAGUAUUACGUGUGACUGAGACUCGCAGUCAGUAAGAGAGCCAAAAAGGAAAAGACAGCACUUCAAGUACGUAUGACUUUUUUUUGUUGUUUGUUUUUUGGGGGGGAGGGGUUUGGGUGAGAAGAAAUGACAAAUGAUGGUAUUACAAUGGAACUUGAAUGAUGCUUUACUCUGCCGAGUAGCUGAACUGAUGACAUGUACUGUAAUAUAAAGCACACUUACUUCUGUAAGCAUACAGAGGAGGCUUAAUAGCGACUUUAGAGACCUUACUAUUCUAUCUGGUCAGAGACAUUAUCAGUAUAGAACUAUUUCCCAGCUACAUCAUUCUCCUAAGUGACUUUUAGAGCAACGUGAUCUGUGACGAGACAAAAAAAAAAACAAACACAAAAAAAACCAACAACAACCUAUUUUGUAUGUUACAAAAAGACUCAUAGGCUUGACCAUUAUCGCAUGUAAGCAACUUGUAGUGCUUAACAAGAAGGGGUCAAAGCGUACGAUCGUUGUUCAAGGUUUCAACAACAAAACAAACACACAAAAAAAGGGACUCUUGUUGUAUCAGAAUAUGAGAAAUUUGUAUGGUUUCUAAAUAAUAGUGUGACGUCUUAUUUAUUUUUGCUUUGAGCAAAAGAAAAAUGGAGGUUAAAAACAACAAGAAAACAGCUAUUUCUGUGUAUAAAAUGAAAUCAAGUGAGCAAAUGGACAGCACUCAGUGAAUCUGUUCUCGUUGAAAUCGUAUUUAGUACAAUUAUUCUGAUUGUCUGACACACUUUGUUUAAAGUUGUGGGGAUUCUCUUGGGAAAAGAAAAAAAAAA